AAUGAAAGUAGCAUGUCAGAAGAGAUCAUGGAUGGAAAUAAUUCAUUAGAAGGCUUACCUGCAAAAGAUUUACUGAAACGAUUUCAUAUUUUACAAGGAGAAAGAGUAGAAACUUACGCUUUGUUUGAAGAAGGGUUUCAAGCAUACUUGAAUGGGGCACCAAAUUACAACUUUCCUAUGUACAGACAACUCGUCCAUGAGAUAACUCAGACAUUUACCAAAAUUUCCCAAGAUAUAAUACUGAUCACUAAGCAAUUAGAAGAUGACCACAGUUUGACCACCAUUGCUACAAUUGUAACUGGGAUUCAAAACAAUGAAAAAGAUAAACUUGAAAAGACGGUAAAAUUGCAACUAGCACGGCAAAAUGCUACAGACCACCCAACAGAUUCUAAUUUUAAAGAAGAAGAAGCAGACUUAAAACAAAGCAUAAAGGAUGUCAUUUGUGCCAUCAAUGAACAAAUGGAGGAACUUAAGUUUGAAUCGGAGGACCUUUAUUCUGAUGAAACAGAAGAAGAUAAAGAUGAUGAAACAGCUGACAGAUGAAGUCACAAUUUUUCAUUUGGACUAGGAUUCUUAAUCACUUUGUUACUGAAAAAAGCAUUUGUACAUGUAUUAUGUCAUUUAUGAAUUAAUUUAAUCUGCAUGUUAGAUGCAUAGAUUGUGAUGAUUUAUAUCAAGUCUGUAAUAUUGACAGGUAUUAAAUAUAUUACGGAAAGGUUCGGGUCUUAAAGAGAACAAUAAAGAGAUUUAAAAAGCCGGUA